AUGGCGCCCAAGAAACGAGGGAGGAAACCGAAGGGGAAGGCUGUCGAGGUUGAGGAGCCUACGCCCGAGGAAGAAGCCCAGGCCGAGGCUGAACCCGCACCCGAGAAGAAACGUGGGCGUAAACCGAAAGCCGCAGCGGAGGAAGGAGAGAAGCCAUCGGCUGAAGAAGAAUCGAAAGCCGCAAAGAAGAAGCAUCGUCGCCCCGCAGCCCGAACCGAGCCAGAGGCGCCGGAGGCCCGUAGGCGGAAAGACAGACAACCCUCCCCGGCAGGAGAGCCAGCGACCGAGAAGCCGACUAAGAAACGGCGAAAGCGGUCUUCUCAAACCGAGGAGAAGCCCUCGAAAUCACCUCCAGAAACACAACGCCGCCGCCCAGGUCGGCCCCGGAUCUCUGACGGGGCAUCUUCCCCGCACGCCCCCGAGGAGCAACCAUCUAAGUCUCGUAAAUCCAAGAAGCGUCCGUCAGGAGACGAAGACGCAGCGGACUCAGCGCCGGCAAAGAAACGCCGCCGUCGUACAUCCGACGAGAUUAGACAACAGCAACAACAGCAGCAGCUGCUGCUACAAUCCAGCAUGGAUCCCCCAGCAGCUCGCCGUCCGGCCCCGAAACACCGCCACAUCGCUCCCCGCGUCCGCCAGAUCCCCCGCUCGAUAAUCGAGGAGAAAUGGACCCCACUCGCACCCCCGACCCUCGCACACGUCUCCAGCCUCCUCCGCCUUGCCGAGCGCCCUGUCCUGCAACGCCUCGCCGCCAACGAGAAGCGCCGCGACCAGGCCGCCUCGGCCAUCCGCCUUGUCACGAACCGCCUCUCCAGAAAGCUCUCUCGCGGCCUCCCCUUCCCGCCUGCUGCCGCCCCUUCCACCGGAUCUGGCGUAGGCGCCAGGAAAGCCGCUGAUGCUGACGGCGGCCGCGCGGAGGAGCUCAACUUUGAGCGCGUCAUUGAGGGUGUCGCGGCGCUCGAGAGGCAGCUUGACCCGCUGCUGCACGCCGUCGAGCUCCUCAAGGUCGAGAAGGAGCGCGACGAAAGGUCGCUCGAGGCGGACUAUGACAGUCUAAGGACGCUAGAGGCCAACGCAAGGUCCGAAGCCAGGAACUUCAAGGACAACCUUCGCAAGACGCACGUUCUCGUCCCCGAGCCUAAGGUCGCUGGCGCCGCCGACAGCAGCCGCCACGGUAGUGUCGGAGAGGAGCACGAUUUCAAGUUCGUUCCGGACGAGAACGUCACUGGGACACUAUUUAGGGAUCUCGAAGGAAAUGAGCUGCGCGAGCUGGCCGGUCAGGUCAGCAGCCAUAUGGAGAGCAUGCGCAACAACCUGCAACAGAUUGACGGCGUCUUGCCGCAAAUCGUCCGAAGCAGGGCUGCGCUGCAGGAUGUGCUCUUCAAGCACCUCGACCAACCGAGCUACGAGAAUGUCCUGCUCGGAUAG